GAUGCGGGGCGAAAACUUAGUGUCUCUUUGUGAUGCGACGACGUGAUGAUGCGAGGCUGUAAAAGCGCCUCUUUGUGAUGCGAUCAUCCCACGGAGUGUGUCAUCGUGUCAUCACACGCUCGCAUUUCCUGAGAGCGAGAGCAGCUCAGGCUCUGUGGCCCCGCGAGCCCCCGAAUGCGCGCAGGUUCGUCGGACGCGCGCGUUAUUGCGCACAGUGCGGGACGGGCGCGGGACGGGCGCAGCUCGGAGGCGCGCUCAGCGAGCGGCUCACAGAUCCCAGUCUCAGUGUUUCCGCGCAGACCUCUCCGCGCGUCCGCGUCUCCGUGCUCCCGCGGGCUCUUCCCUUCCACGCGGGGGAUGCGCGUUGCGCGCGCCUCGCCUCGCCUCGGGCUCCUCAGACCUGAUCGCCUCUCCGGAGGGCUGCGGUCCGGCGGCUCGCUCUGCCCGCGUGGAUGAACCCGCCUCUGCGCGUUGCCUCCAUGGAUGCGCCUCGCACCCGAGUGGAUUUACGUGGGGAGUGGACGCAGUAAGCGGUGUGAAUCUGCGAGGAACGGAGCGCGCCCCCCUCCCCCGCCCCCGUCGCCGCCGCCGCCGCCGCCGCCGAGAAGCACGAUGGUCCUGCUCGCGCUGUGCGUCCUGCUGCCGCUGCUGGACGUGCUGCUGUCCGCCCAGGACGCCCCCCUGUCCCCCCUGUCCCCCCUGUCCCGCAGCCCGGGCUCCCCCAGGCUGGACUGCGUUAAAGCCAGCGAGCUGUGCCUGCGGGACCCCCCCUGCAGCUCCAAGUACCGCACGCUGAGGCAGUGCGUGGCGGGCAAGGAGGGCAACCUGAGCGUGGUGUCCGGGUUCGAGGCGCAGGACGAGUGCCGCAGCGCCAUGGAGGCGCUCAAGCAGAGCCCCCUGUACAACUGCAGGUGUCGGAGGGGCAUGAAGAAGGAGAAGAACUGCCUGCGCAUCUACUGGGGCUUCUACCAGAGCCUGCAGGGAAACGACCUCCUGGAGGUCUCGCCCUACGAGCCCAUGAACACCCGCCUCUCCGACGUUUUCCGCCUGGCCCCCAUCAUCUCAGGAGAGCCGGCGGUGACCAAGGAGAACAACUGCCUGAACGCCGCCAAGGCCUGCAACCUGAACGACACGUGCAAGAAGUACCGCUCGGCGUACAUCAGCCCGUGCACGAGCCGCGUCUCCACGGCCGAGGUGUGCAACCGGCGCAAGUGCCACAAGGCGCUGCGCCAGUUCUUCGACAAGGUGCCGCCCAAGCACAGCUACAGCAUGCUCUUCUGCUCGUGCCCCACGGCGCACCAGUCGGCCUGCACCGAGCGCCGGCGCCAGACCAUCGUGCCCGUGUGCUCGUACGAGGACCGCGAGAAGCCCAACUGCCUCUCGCUGCAGGAGUCGUGCAAAACAAACUACAUCUGCAGGUCCCGACUCGCCGACUUCUUCUCCAACUGCCAGGUGGAGCCGCGGUCGCUGUCCGGUUGCCUCAAGGAGAACUACGGCGACUGUCUGCUCGCCUACUCGGGCCUCAUUGGCACGGCGAUGACCCCAAACUACCUCCGGUUGUCCCACCUCAGCGUGUCGCCGUGGUGCGACUGCAGCAACAGCGGGAACAGCAAGGAGGAGUGCGACAAGUUCCUUGAGUUCUUCACCGACAACCUCUGUCUGCGGAGCGCCAUCCAGGCCUUCGGAAACGGAACGGACGUGGGGGUGUGGCAGCCCGCGCCUCCGGUCCUCACUUCCACCGCUGCCAAUUCGCCCCCGCAGAGGACCAAGGACCGCUCUCCAAACGACCUAGAAGUGACCCUACUCACCCACCGGCCCGACACGGUCCACAACUCCGUGUACCACAUCUGCAGAAACCUGCAGGCCCAGAAGCUGAGGUCCAACAGCACCGUGGACACCGUGUUGUGCAUGGACGAUGACAUCGUGGGCCCGGGAAGCUCCAACGCCGUGUCGAGGAGCGCCGUCGCACCCCAGGCCGAGGUCGGAACGGGCGUCCUGCUGCUCUCCCUGCUGGUGGCGCUCUGCUGCUCGGGGUGCUAACCGCCAGGGCCUGGACUGACUGUACAGAGCGCAUUCGCACCCAUCGCCCUCGUCCGUCUCCCCAUCCUCAUGCUGCCCCCCCCACCCGUGAGAGGCGACGUCAAGGGUGCGAGGGGGGGGGGCGCGGUAUCCUGGCGCACGGGGGCACUCGACAACACGCCCUAAUGGAGCACGGGCUGCAUGGCAGGGUCUGUUAUGGCUUUAUUGUUAGCUGGGAGGGGGGCGCUUUAACUUCCACUCUGGCGUGCAUGUGUAAACACGUACCCCCCCCCCCAGAGCAAAGGUGAGCAUGAAGAUGAGGAGGACAAGGUCACUGGUGACAGGGAUCUCCCGAUAUUCUUCCACACACAAGCACCCUUUAUUGGUAACCCCCGUUCCUGCACCAGAAUACACUCGUCUCAUACCCCCCUGACCCCCACCCCCGACCGUACUGCUGAUCCGCCCCCCCUCAGACCAUCCG